CUUUCUUCUUCUUCUUCUUCUUUCUUGUUGGGUAGAUGAACAACUCUAAGACGGAGCUAACAAAGUUUUGUAUUCUACUACUAAAACAAUACUUAUUUAUUUCUUGAUUUUUCUUCUCUGUAGCUUGUAACAUUACUAUUUAUAGGUUUUUCGGUAUCUAUAUAUUACAUUCUCGUCUGGUUUUUUAUUUCCUCUUUUGUUAUAUGGUGAAAAAAAUCUGAAUUAGCAAACCAAUAAAAUCUUAUUCUUUUGGAACAGGAAGCUGAUUGGUAAUGCUCAAAUUGAUUUCUCUGGUCUUAAUGAUACAAACCAAUAUAUAAAAUCUCUAGUGGGUUAUUUAUAAUCAUUGUUUAUCGCCUUUGGUUUUGUGUUUAAGUUUCUUGCUGUGGAAAUAAAGAAAAUGGUGGGAAGCAUUGAGGCCAAGAGCUACCUAACAAACGGGUCUGUUCAACUUCAACAUAAUGGUCUUAACUUGGAAGAGAAACUCGACGAGUUUCGUCGUCUUCUUGGAAAAUCAGACAAAGAUCCGUUAAAGAUUGUGAGCAUCGGAGCUGGUGCUUGGGGAAGUGUCUUUGCAGCGCUUCUCCAAGAAAGCUACGGAGGUUUCAGAGACAAGUUCCAGAUCAGGAUAUGGAGAAGAUCCGGGAGAGCUGUUAGUAGGGCAACAGCAGAACAUCUCUUCGAAGUGAUCAACUCUCGUGAAGAUAUCUUGAGGAGACUGAUAAGACGCUGCGCUUAUCUCAAAUACGUUGAGGCAAGACUCGGUGACAGGACGCUCUAUGCGGAUGAGAUAUUGAAAGACGGGUUUUGUCUUAACAUGGUGGACACGCCUCUUUGUCCCCUCAAGGUUGUGACUAAUCUUCAAGAAGCUGUGUGGGAUGCUGAUAUUGUUGUUAAUGGAUUGCCUUCAACGGAGACACGACAAGUGUUUGAAGAGAUUAGUAUGUACUGGAAAGAGAGAAUCACUGUUCCUGUUAUUAUCUCUCUUUCAAAAGGUAUUGAAACUGCUCUUGAACCAGUUCCACAUAUCAUUACUCCAACAAAGAUGAUUCAUCAAGCAACUGGUGUGCCAAUUGAAAAUGUACUGUAUCUUGGUGGACCAAACAUUGCUGCUGAGAUAUACAACAAGGAGUAUGCUAAUGCUAGAAUCUGUGGAGCUGAGAAAUGGAGGAAACCACUAGCGAAAUUCUUAAGACAGCCCCAUUUCAUUGUUUGGGACAAUAGUGAUCUUGUUACACAUGAAGUAAUGGGAGGUCUCAAGAACGUGUACGCCAUUGGAGCUGGAAUGGUGGCAGCGCUUACUAACGAGAGUGCUACAAGCAAAUCAGUGUAUUUUGCUCAUUGCACAUCUGAGAUGAUAUUCAUAACUCAUUUACUAGCAGAAGAGCCUGAGAAACUUGCAGGGCCUUUGCUAGCUGAUACUUAUGUGACCUUGUUGAAAGGGCGCAAUGCUUGGUAUGGUCAGAUGCUUGCCAAAGGGGAAAUAAAUAGAGACAUGGGUGAUAGCAUAAGCGGCAAGGGAAUGAUUCAGGGUGUUUCUGCAGUGGGAGCGUUUUAUCAACUGCUUAGUCAGUCUAGCCUGAGCAUAAUGCAUCCUGAGGAGAAGAAACCUGUGGCUCCGGUUGAGUCAUGUCCUAUUUUGAAGACACUCUACAAGAUACUCAUCACAAGAGAACAAUCAACACAAGCGAUUCUGCAAGCGUUAAGGGAUGAAACACUGAAUGAUCCUAGAGACCGGAUUGAGAUUGCACAGAGCCAUGCAUUCUACAGGCCUUCCCUUCUAGACCAGCCUUGAUUCGUCAGCUAUUACUCAUAUAAUCCAAACUGCAGAUUCUGCUGCGUGAAAACAUCAUGUCUUAAAAUGGAUUGCUAGUCAUUGUAUAAUCCUUGUACUAUAUCCUUAUCUUUAUGAUCAAUGAGGCUUUUAUUUGCUCAAAUCAUUUACUACAACUUUCUACUCUAUAGACUUUUCUGAAAUUAACUCCGUGUGAUUAAUACAAGCUAAUGGUUGUACCACUGAGUCCAAGAAACAAAGAGAAGGCCUGUUCUGUAAGGUCUAAUGUUAAGUAUACCAGUGAGAUUGGUUAUGACUCCAUUCUAUGCUUUUUACAGUCAGUUAGCUGAAAAUUUAGCUGCAUGAAACAGUGUUGAAGCAGAUCUUCUUUAAUGUGUUAUUUUCAGCUCCUUUGCUAUGCUUCUUAGUUCCUUACCCGUCUUGUUGUUCAACUGGCUUAUUAAUAUGAUCUUCCCACCUCUGUCUAAUUCGGCCUAUCAAAUCCAGUGUUGAAUCUAAUUGGACUGACCCAGGAUUCAGCAAUGCCUUGCUCUCUGCCUUUAUCCUUGCCUCAGUAAGCAUGUUUAUGAUCAUCUC